CAUUCUUUCUCCUCUAAACUACAUAGCAGACCACUGUUCCAGCCAUUUUCAGAGUAGCCAAUUCAUCAAUGGAGUUUGAAAUUGAACUAAAUAAGGGGAAUGGGGUCCUUGCAUCUUCGGAAAAUAUUCUACGGUGGAGCCAAUGGCAGCUGCUUGAUUCCAUUCUCCCAACAGGUGGCUUUGCUCAUUCUUUUGGUCUUGAGGCUGCUAUUCAAGCUCGUGUUAUUUCAGGGCAGAAAGAUCUCGAAACCUAUGUUAUCCAUGUAUUGGAGAACACUGGGAGCCUACUUCUUCCUUUUGUGUAUACUGCAACGAUGUUGCCUAACAUGGAGACCUAUUCAAAACUUGAUAAGGUCUUGAAUGCAACACUAACAAAUGAAGUGAGUAGAAAGGCAUCUAUUUCACAAGGAUCUGCUCUACUGAGAAUAGCAGCAGCUGUAUUUUCUGAGGUUCCUUCUCUCAAAAGAAUGCGAGAUACAUUAUUGGGUACUGGAACCAUUUCUUUCCACCAUGCUCCUGUUUUUGGGCUUAUAUGUGGAGCUCUUGGUAUUGACAGUGGGACUUCUCAAAGAGCUUACAUUUUUAUAACAAUGAGAGAUAUUAUUUCUGCAGCCACUAGGCUGAAUCUGGUUGGGCCAUUGGGUGCUGCUGUUUUGCAGCAUCAGAUUGCUCAUGUUGCUGAAAAUAUUGUGAAGAAAUGGAUGGAUCGUCCUGUUGAGGAUGCAUGUCAAACAUCUCCAUUGCUUGAUACUGUGCAGGGAUGUCACAGUUACUUGUUUUCUAGGCUUUUCUGCUCUUAGAAAACUGAAUAUGCAUACUUUCAUAUGCCUCUUUCUUCUCAACUGAACCUGGAGGCUUUUCUCUUUCAGAGGUUCUGUUAUCUGGAAAUUACUAAUUAUCAGUCAGGUCACUGGUAAAAUGAAAGCAAAUUUUGGUGUUGGAUAAUUGAGUUUGGAUACAAGGAUCUUGAAUUCUUGGUUUUAAGCAUGGGCUGGAUAGUUCGCUGCUUCCUCCUCUUUGUCCAGGUAAGGAUAUUUGCUUUUAUCUAUGGCAAGUGUGUCAUGGAAAUGGGAAUAUUGAUGGUUGAAAGCCGCUCAUGUAGUAUCAUCCUUUUGUGGUAUAUCGUAGAUAUUCCUUGUUCACUUACCAUAGACAUAUCCGAACAGGCAUCUACGUACUGAGAUAAUUAUAUCAUUGUUCAAGGAAUGGCUGAUGCUAUAUGCAGAGAAAUAUUAAUAAUUAGUAUGUUCUUAUGAUACUGGUCAAUUCUGCCGUCUCUGGAUUUUUCAAACCUUUACUCCUCAUGAAGGUCUUGCCUUCAGUAGUUUCACUUUUCCCCUUCAAUGAUGAUCGAUUACUUUCAGAGUGUGAAUGGUUGCUGACCUUGCAGUUCAGAAACACAUUUUCCUCCGACAAAAAUGCAUCUUAUUUCAAAUUUAUUGACCGAGAUUAGUUGGAUUUGAGUUAUAAUUGCAUAAUUUUAUGAGAAUUGGAUUUAUCUUCUUCGUGCUGGAUCAUGCAUUUGAAUGCUCCUGAGCAUCUACUUUCAAAAUUAACCUCUUGGGAUUUUUCCCU